AUGAGUGGGAAGGUGUCCACAGCCGAACAAAGACAAGCCGUUGCUGCACAGAAGCCGACCAAAGCGGAAAUUGAGAAGAAGCGCCACGAAGAGAUCAAAGCCAUUCGCGUUGAAUUAGUGAAGCGUGCGAUAGCUCAUCGACAAGAGAGACUCACCAAGGACAGAGCCAUUGCCAAAGCCAAGAAAGAAGCUAUGAUCAAUGGAGAUUUGUAUGCUGAAGCCGAACAGAAAUUGAUCGUUGCAAUUAGAAUUAGAGGUAUCAACAACGUCUCUCCAAAGAUUAGAAAGACUUUGAAAUUGUUGAGACUCAGACAAAUCAACAACGCCGUCUUUAUUAGAGCUAACGCUUCGACUCUUAAAAUGUUGAAAAUCGUCGAGCCUUAUAUCACUUACGGAUACCCAUCAUUGAAGACGGUUUCUGACCUUAUCUACGCUAGAGGCGCUUUGAAGAUGAAGGGUGACAGACAGAAAAUCACUUCAAACGAAUUGGUCAAAAAAGUCUUCGACAAGAGAGCUGACAUCAUCUGCGUCGAGGAUAUCGUCCACGAAAUCUUCACCGUCGGAAAGAACUUCAAACUCGUCAACUCAGCUUUGGCUCCUUUCAAGUUGAACAACCAGAAGGGUAAACUCGCCAGAAAGAACAAGAAAAUCCACUUCAUCUUGGGCGGCGCUUUCGGUAACCGUGAAACUAUGAUCAAUAAACUCUUAAGAACCAUGAUUUAA